UGUUGUUUGUGUUGCCGCGGCUCCAAGUUGGUUGGGGGGGAUUUUUGAGACGAUUUGCGGUGUUUGUACUCGACACAGAAAGCGCCGAUCUGCCUUUACAGGAGACACAAAAGCGUUGGAUACUUGCUAUGAAGACCUGCGUCCAGAACCAGAGGUUGAACAACGCCGCGGCUUAGAAGCAUCGACUGUGUGUGAGGUCGUCGAACGUUGCGAUGCCCAGCGUGAAAGAAUGCAACGAUAGUGACGGCGAAGAAAUGGACCAGGAAACGCCCGAAAGCGAGAAAACGAGCAAUGAUGACUCCGACUCGUCGUCGGGAUCCGAAGAUGAAGACAGUUCAGAAAUGGAUGAGGAGGACUGUGAGAGGCGGCGGACAGAGUGCAUCGAUGACAUGGCCGACCUCGAAAGGCAGUUCAUGCACCUCAAAGAGAAGUUGUACUUUGAGCGGGCCCAUCAGAUCGAAGCCAAGCUCGAGGAGGUCAGGGCGGGUCGCGCUCCUGAGUACCUCCAGCCGCUGGAGGACCUGCAGGACAACAUGCGUAUUCGGAUCGAAGUCGCAGGAAUUCUGCGAGAGAUGAAAUUGAAGAACAUCAGGAGGAAGUAUGAGGCCGAAGAGACGGCAGCAUUGCAGAAUUUCCAGAGCGAACAAGCCUUGCUCAGGGACUCACUCAGAAGCGAGCUCGAGGAGAAGAUAAGACGACUGGAGGAAGACCGCAACAGCAUCGACAUCACCUCAGAUCUCUGGACAGAACAGAUCACUCACAAGAAGAAUAGGCGCAAGACCGACCCCAUGACCUCGGACAAGCGGAAAAAACCGGUCACCGUCUCAGGUCCCUACAUCGUGUACAUGCUGCGCGAGAACGAAAUUCUGGAAGACUGGACGGCGAUCCGGAAGCUCUCCCUCGUCUCUCCCAGGCGCUGAAGGCGGCGCGGCAGAAGAACGAACUGCUCUUAUGAGACUCCUUCACACAUCCUUCAUCCAUCGUGGACCCUCUGACAUCCUGCCAGCCAGCCAUGGUCAGAUGUACAUAGAGCGCUAGCAAGCAGGACCCAUCAGCCAUCAUCAGCAUCCCUAUUAAAUACCCACUUUAGUAUCAUGCUGUUUAACUGCCACUGCAUGCUCUGCCUUGGUGUAUGGGGGAGGGUGUUCUCUUGUAUUAGUCACGCGUCUCAUUGUCAACCGCUAAAGUAUGCCAUCCGUCGAAUUUCAAGGCAUUUUCAUAAUGUUUUGUGCAAGGCAUCUCAAAAGUUUCACAGGUUUUCGUACAACACAAACUUGUGGCAAAACGGUUUUGCGGCCAUUGUCGCCAUGUGUUCUGCACGUGCGUGGCAGUGACGUCAUCUAAAUGAAUGAAUGCCCAAUGGCCGCAUCUUCCAGAAAAGUGAUUUAGAUUAGCACUCUUUGCAUUUGAUUUGGUGUGUUUAUAUUCCAAGAGAUGCUGCAUGCGUUUUCGAAGAUGCACUUGAUUUCUUCAAAAAACGGUAUCCUUUUCUUUUUUUUUGUAAGCUUGAGGGACAUUGCAUCUUUGCCUCCCUGCCUUUGAUCUGUGUUCUUGCGGCCAUUCUGAUGGUCGCUAGCAAGGUUGUCUAAGGAGUUUUUAACCUUUUUCUCUGGGGUCGAGUGCAGGCAAUCUGGCCAUUCCACUCCUUUAGCACGGGUCACACAUGCGUUUAGACAGCGGAUUACACGGUUUUUAAGAAUGCACUGCACAGAAAAUUUCUGUGUCCGUUUUGUUUGCGUCAAUGUUUUGAAGCGGGUCCCACUGUACCCGGGUGCAGCUCUCUGUGACAGUGAGGCCAAAACUACGAGUGCCUGUCUGCUUGUGCAACCUUGCAGCUGCAGUCACGCUGUGCAUACGUUGUACAUAGGAUGCGGUGACAGAAUCACCCGAGGACACGUCUCGAGCGCGUUCAAAACAAGUUUGCUUCGUUCAUACGUAUGCGUUGAACACGUCUGCGCGUGGUUUUUGUAUGAUCAAUUUGACGGGAUCAUCAUACAAGAAAGAAACACUGCCUCAGACAUUGUCUAAAGACUGUCAUCUGUAUAAUGUAUUAUCAGUGUGACCACAGCUUGAGUGAGGGUCACAGACUGUGCUCAUGCACUCACCACUUUGUCUAAAAUGUCGGAGAAGCUUGUCUUCGGGUCAGCAAUAUUGUCUUCGCUGGAGAUGAGGCCAAACUGCUAGUGAAGUCGAUUGUUGUUGUUGUUUUGUUUCUUUUCCAAACCUUUCAUUCAGCCUGCAGAAUUUUGUGUGAAUAUUUUGCUCUUUGUUUAAAUUAUGAUUUAGUCUUUUAAUUAUUUUGGUGUCUCUUGUGCAGUGUCUUUCUGGCCUCCCAUGUCGCACAAUAUAUUUUCUUGUAAAUACCAUUGCAGUCUUAGCGUCCCGGUUCUAGCACGGUAUAUUCGUGUAAGGAAUGUGGAACUUUGAUUGGGAAUAAAUCGUGUUGGAACAAG